CUGGAAUUAUUCAAUAUGCGAUGCAGUUUGGUUUUGAUUACUGUCUUACUGUGUGAUUACUGUUACAGAAGAGCAGAAGCGUUCUUAAAUCGGUUAUUGAUUGCCCAGAAAGUUUUAUAAUUCCAACAUAUAACUCACAUCCGACUUUUAAAAUCGAAGAUGGGUGUCGAGGAGGAAGUUAUGAAAAUUCAAAAAAAAUUGAAUAAAAUGACGUCAGAAGAUGGAAGUGGUCAGGAACAGGCAUUAGAUUUAUUGAAGACGUUACAAACAUUAGAGGUGAAUUUAGAAGUGUUAACAAACACUCGUGUAGGUAUGACGGUAAAUGCAUUGAGAAAAUCUAGUAAAGAUGAAGAAGUCAUCAGUUUGUCCAAAACAUUAAUUAAAAACUGGAAAAAAUUCUUGUCAAGCUCUACUCCUUCCAAACAGUCAUCUAGCAGUUCCUCUUCAAAACCUAAGAAGGAAAAAGAAAAGAAAUCUAGUAAAGAUGAAAAAGAGAGUCCAAAAGAAAAAAAAAUUAUGUCUCAAUUUCCCCCAGCGAGUACACAUGUUACUACUGAUGCAGUUCGACUAAAAUGCCGUGAAAUGCUAGCUGGAGCUAUAAGGACAGAUACAUCAGAAGAUUUUGAAGGUUGUGCGAGCCCAGAAGAAUUAGCUGAGGAAUUGGAAGAAGCCAUUUUUUCAGAAUUCAAAAACACAGAUAUGAAAUACAAAAACCGAGUAAGAUCUCGUAUUUCGAAUUUAAAAGAUACGAAAAAUCCAACACUUCGUACAAACUUUAGAAUUGGAGCUAUAUCUGCAGCCAGACUGGCUGUUAUGACUGCUGAAGAGAUGGCAAAUGAUGAAAUUAAACAAUUAAGGGAAAAAUUCACGAAAGAAGCCAUAAAUGAUGCCCAGUUGGCUACAGUGCAAGGCACAAAAACUGAUUUACUCAAGUGCGGAAAAUGCAAAAAGAGAAAUUGUACAUAUAACCAAGUUCAAACAAGGUCUGCUGAUGAACCCAUGACUACUUUUGUCUUAUGCAAUGAGUGCGGCAAUAGAUGGAAAUUUUGUUGAUUUAUUUUUCCUGAUUUUAUAGGUUUUACGUAUAUGACCUUAUCAUUCAUAAUGAUUUUCAAAACUAUUUAUGGAAAUUGAUCAAUUUUAAAGUUGUAUUAGCAUGAAAUUUAUCAAUAAAUGAUGUGAUCCCA